AAAGAUCAGCAUAGGGAAUUUGGCUCAUUUGAGAUCUUUGGCGUUCACCUUGACUCUAGGGAAAGUCCAAAGCAAGUCCCCCUUUGGCCACCAACUAGGCAACAUGAAGGCCUGGGUCUCCCUGACAGUGACCAUGCUCUGCGGCCUGGCCUGGGCUGGAAACAUGGAAUCAUGUGCAUCUCGCUGUGAUGAGGAGUUUGACCGUGACGCCAUCUGCCAGUGUGACCACAAGUGUCUCAUGCACGGGGACUGCUGCGACGAUUACGAACAGCUGUGCAUGGCGGAAGAGGCGCCCGCCCAGCCGGAGUCAUUCCCGGAAGUGGAGGAAGAGCCGCUGGCCCACAGCUUGUACUCGGCGCCCAGCUCCUGCCAGGGCCGCUGCCGCGAAGCCUUCGACAAGCAUCAUGUCUGCCACUGUAAUGACCGCUGUCAGGAGUUUGGGAACUGCUGCGAGGAUUUCGAGAGCCUGUGUGGCGAUCACGGGGGCUUCUCCCACAGCAGAGACACCAUAACCAAAGAAGAGCUGCAUGGUAUCUCUGAGAAGAUCUACAAAGUGGACACCAACAAAGCCCAGAAGGAAGACAUUGUUCUUAACCCGCAAAACUGCAUUCCCCCAUCAGAGACCAGAGACCAAGUAGACCGCUGCCCAGAGCUGCUCUUCACCUAUGUCAACGAGAAGCUGUUCUCCAAGCCCACUUAUGCGGCCUUCAUCAAGCUGCUCAACAACUACCAGCGGGCUACAGGCCACAGUGAGCACUUCAGCACCCAGCAGCUGGCUGAGCAGGACGACUUCCUUAGAGAGAUCAUGAAGACAGCAGUCAUGAAAGAACUCUAUGGCUUCCUGCAUCACCAGAACCGCUACAGCUCUGAACAAGAGUUCACUGAUGACUUGAAGAACAUGUGGUUUGGACUCUAUUCACGAGGCAAUGGAGAGGUGGACUCGAGUGGCUUUGAACAUGUCUUCUCAGGUGAAGUCAAAAAGGGCAAGGUCACCGGCUUCCAUAACUGGAUCCGCUUCUAUCUGCAGGAGAAGGAGGGCUUGGUUGACUACUACAGUCACAUCUAUGAUGGGCCUUGGGAUUCCUAUCCUGAUGUGCUAGCAAUGCAAUUCAACUGGGAUGGCUAUUAUAAGGAAGUGGGCUCAGCUUUCAUCGGCAGCAGCCCCGAGUUCGAGUUUGCACUCUACUCCCUCUGCUUCAUCGCCAGACCAGGCAAAACGUGUCAUUUAAGCCUGGGUGGCUAUCCCUUGUCCAUCCAGACCUACACCUGGGACAAGACUACCUAUGGAAAUGGCAAGAAGUACAUCGCCACGGCCUACAUUGUGUCUUCCACCCAGUAGACCUUUAAGCCAGACAGGGCAGCAAGGGCUCUUGCAGGACUGAGAUCCUACCUGCUUUGGGCUGGAGAGGAAAGUGAGGAGACUGAGAGGAAAUUCCCAAUCCUAAAUCAGUGAAAGGGAUUUCUGAGGCCAAAAAUACAUGGGAAAAAGAAAAGGUACAAAUUAGGAAAAUGCAGACAAAUGAACUUUUAUCCUCCAGUAUUUUAGCCACAUGGACUGAAAAUUAGAAUCCAGACAGAAGGUGGGAGCCGUUGGUAGCUGUUUGCACUCAUGCGUGGUGGUGCCAUGAACAAGUCCUUUGACCUCACUGGGCCUUGUGCUUCCUUCCCUUGCGUGUACAGUGAAGGAAUCCGCCCUCUUUCCUGAUUUGGGGAUUGGUAAGAGGGCAAACCUGAUAUUCUUACUGUGAAAGUGUCUCCAAUUGUUCUUAGGAAGAACUCAAGAUUACUAUAAUGGCUGUAAUUGUACACAGCUCUGCAAACUGCAAUUCAGCCCUAUGUCAGGGGCCUCAAAGAAGUCAGACCACAGAAGCCAAGAAGUGGGUCUUUGGUCUCUUCUGGAGUUAGGUCCUCUCGGAAGAGAGUCUGGAAAGAGUCCACACAGGUGGGAGCAGGGUGAUGGUUGGGGCAGUGAGUAGGCUGGGGCAGGGUGGCCUUCUCUAGGCUCUGAGUACUUCCAUGGCCAGUUUAGGGUCUGGAUCCAGAAGCUUCCAAUUUGUAAUAAAAAGACUGUUUUGAUCCCAAAUUGGUUUUGAAAGAAUUCUCCUUAUAAGAAGGUUUAGUACCAGAAGCAGAAGGGAACCUAUAGCUUGGUGUCAAUGAAUAUAAUAUACAUUAAGGCUUAUCUAGCUGUUGUAAUUGGAAUCACUCUAGGAUUUACUCCAGGCUCCCUGUCUCAACCUCAAUGAUGCAGUUUUUUUCUCUGAGCCCCACUUGGCACCAUAUGCCGCCCCACAGAGCCAGGCUUGCAUCUUAGAGGGGUCGGAUCUCCAAUUAAAGUCAUGUAAGGAAACUUGAAA